ACUAGUUGGUUUGGAUGUAUUAACGUUCUAUAGUUGUAUUGUAACAAGGUAGUUGUAUAGGAUCCGGGGGGUUGGCAGCGCAACUUAAUGUUAUAGCAGUGUAAUCUGUUUUGUGUACUCGUUAUCUUCCCUCCCAAUCUUAUUUUUUUUCGUUACGCAGAUAUACAUUUUAAACAAACCCUCCAAACAUGCCUAAGAAGGCGGCCGCUGAUACAGUAAUAGACAAAUCACUACCACCACCUAGUCAUAUGCAAUUGAGGAAGAGAAGUAUAAAACCACCCAAUGAAAACCCAAAAAAGAAACCGACUCCUCAAAAAAAAACCAAGGCCAGAACAACAAAAGCAAAUCCUCCACAAGCUAAUCAAGAAGCCACUGAUGAUUCUGUACCUGCAGAAAAUGGUGAACGGAAAAGCAAUGAGGCACCCAUUGCUGGAGAAAAUGAAGCCAAGUCAGAAUAACAUCUGUCUUGCCCCUAAUCAUUGGUCGAUGUACCUCUUGUACAAUUCAGAGGAAUAUUUUUAUCAACUAUUUUGUAAAUGCAAGGUUUUAGUCAUUCAAUAAUGGGCAACGCCAUGUUGAAAUAGGAGGGAGUCCCAACACAAUUACACUGUUCUUCCUUCCCCUGCCACCUGUUUUGCACCAAAGUUCAUGUCUGUAAAUGUUAAAUUUUUAUAUUAAAGAUAAAAUAAUUGUAUACUUGGAUGUUACAGGAAUUUUUCCAUGAGGUCAACAAACACACCAGUGAGAGAUAGUGAGUUUUAAAGUCAGUUUUUAAUCCAGAUAUAAUGUAACAUUCCAUGGGCAAGGGUGGGACAGCUUGUUAUCCUGACUGUCACGGACACUUAAAGGAGAAAAAAAAACUGACUUUUCUGAAAAUAUUUUGGACUCAUGUUAAACAACAAAUGUUAGGUAACACGUAUGCCCAUUGUUUGAAAUUUUAAUAGAUAACUGCGUCGAUCUGUUUUAGUCAUGGAUUUCUCUCAUAAGCUGUGGCAAUGUUGUCUUGACAAUAUCUGUGAUAGUAUUUCUUUUUCUCUUCUGUGAAACUGCUGUGAAUGGGUUCAUUAAGAUAGUUUUCCAGAUUUAUAGUGUGACAUGUCAGCAGUGUGAAUAGGUUGAGUUACCCACAGACAAAGUUCUGACUGCCGUGCGUACAUAACAAAUGUUAUACAUAUUUGGUCAAUGUUCCCAUAGUUACUGAAGUUUUCAAAAACAUCAUGCUGAAAAAUCACUGCAACUUUAGAAUUAUGGUAUUAACGUUUUAACUACAAGCAUUUGGAGACAUUCACUUUCUAUUUCAGUACAGGCUCUGUGUAGGAUUGUACAGACUGUUCAUAGCUGUAUCUGUGUAAUAGUGAAUUUUAAAAAAAUCAAUAAAAUAUGUGGCUUAA